UGGCCGAAUGUCAAAACGUACUUCCUUAAUUCUUCCCGCGUCUGUGGUGAUUUUAUUUUUAUUCAUAAAUCGAUAAUCCUGUUUGUAAUAUAAAUAUAAAAACGGUGUGCUCUGAUGAGAGAACUAUCAGUAGCCUUCGAGACAUCCGACACAAUGAGAGUACUGGUUCUGUCUGCCCUCUUGGCCUGCGUGUCAGCUGCACCAUCUCACUUGGUGCCAAUAGGACUGGCUGCGCUACCAGUGGCUGCGCUACCAGUAGCCGUGCCAACAGUGCCUUCUGGGGAUCUGCAGGCAGCUCUUAUUGAUGCUCAGGUCAAAAUCAACGACCAGGCCCAAGAGUUGGUAGAUCAGGCCAGAGCACGAGCUGAACUGGUCGUGGAGAAUCAAAAUGAAGGAGUUCCGGAAGCUAACGAUCUUGUCAAGGAGAAAUCCGAAGAAGCAUUUUGGGCAGCUGAGGAGAAAAAAUGGCAAGCACUUAAUGAGGCUCAAGUAGCUGCCGCUAAAUUAGACGCUUCUGUGUCUAGUAAUAUCGCUGCUUACAAAGAUGCUCAAGUAUUACCCUAUGCUGCUAUUGGAAGCCCAAUGAUUGCUGCAGUAGUUCCUAACGCUGCUGGUGCAAGCGCUGUAUCUUCUGGCGAAGAAAAAGCUGAUGUCAAAAGCGCGGAUGCUUCUGAAGUCAAGAGUGCCGAAGGUGAAGUUAAAAGCGAAGCUAUUUCCGAAAUCAAAAGUGAAGACAAAGAGAGUGUUGAGGUUAAACACAACAAUCGAGUGAAAGAGAUAGAAGAUGUGGAAAGGGCGGAGGAAGAAGAGAUAAUCCAAACUCAAAAUGCAAGAGUUCAGGAAGGUUGUGACAUCGCAAAAGAAAAAUAUAAAGAAGCUUCUUGGGCUUUGGAGGAAAAGAAAUUUCAAGCAUUGAGUAAUACUCCAAUAGGCGCAGCUACAGUUGAUACAUCUACUACUACACUUCUUGUCCCUAAUACGGAUUAUAUUGCUGAAACCGGUAAAAAUAAUUACAAAAAAUUAGACGCCUUAGAUGUUAUGAUAUCUGAUAUCGCAAAUAAUAACAAAGAGAGAGUCGAAUGUAUCAGUGCCGACCUAAUGAGUGAAGUUGCAAACACUAACGAGACAACCAAAGAAAUAAAUAUUUCUAACGCAGAAAGGUCAGAGAGGUCCAGCGCGUAUAAGGAACCAAUCAUCGAUGAAUUGGUGAAGCUUGGAGAUGAAAUCCAAAAGUCGGUAGAUCUCGCUCAAGAACUCCUUAUAAAGCUAGAGGAGAAACUGAGGCAAAGAAAGCUCAAAGACAAAGAACUUGCUAGGCGAAAGUCCGAAGAAGACGCAUUUGCUGCAGACAAAAAGAAAUGGCAAUCUCCAAGUGAAGAUCAGCUCUCUGUUGCAAGUUCUAGCACGAGAGAUAUGGACGGUAGAAUAAUGUCUCAAACUUUCUCUUCUAUUAUUGUUGAAAAACAAAUUUUUCAGGUGACUAAGGAUACUGAUGAUCCUGAGGUUACUGAACCCAGUAACAGCGAAAAACUGUAAAUGACAGAACUGUUUCGAGCUUCAUGGGCAUGGCAUGCUGGUCAGUAGAUUUUUAACACUUGCAACGAGUUCAGUCAAUAUAAUGAAAUAUAUGAUUUUUUUCUUA